CCGAUACUACGCAGAAAGUGGUGCUCCUCUCGUCUGUCCCAGCAUUGCACAACUUCAACUCUGCUCACAAGAUAUAUUAAAAAAAGUAAGUUUUCAGAGAAAUGGAAGAAAUGAAGAUUCUGCUUUUAACUCUACUGCUGUCAGUCAGCAUUUGUGCUGAGAUGAAUCUGUUGCAUUACAGAAGGAAAGACACUACAAGCAAAGCAGGUAAAUGCAUAGAAUCACCAUUUGAAACCUACAGAAGGGGUGAUGUGUGGCUGCGGAUUCACAGAGGCAAGAUCCAGAAAUGCGGAUGUGGACGGAGAGUAAUUUGUCAUGAUGUACACACAGAAGACAGUAAAUCCCAGUGUAUUACUGAGAACGGAAAAAAUUACAGGGGCACAAGAAACUACACAAAAUCUGGCUUUCAGUGCUUAAGAUGGGAUUCAGCUGCUGUUCUUGUAAGGAACUACAGUACAAGAAGAUCAGAUGCAUUGGCACUGGGUCUUGGGAGUCACAAUUAUUGCAGGAAUCCAAACAGUGAUAGCAAGCCUUGGUGCUACAUUGAAAGUAAAAAGAACUGGGACUUCUGUGAUAUUCCAAAAUGUCAGAAAGAAAUUAACUCAAAGUGUGGCCAAAGACAGCAUAAAAUGAAUAAGAUUGUUGGAGGAGGUCGCGCCACAAUUGAAUCUCACCCUUGGCAUGCAGCACUUUAUAUUACUGGAAAAAGAUCCACUAACAUGGCUUUUCAAUGUGGAGGAAGUCUGAUCCACCCAUGCUGGGUUCUGACAGCUGCACACUGUAUCAACACCAAUGCUUCCCCUACAGACUACAGGGUAUUACUGGGAAAAUCUUCAAUAAAUGAAUAUGCUAAAAAUGAACAAAACUUUCCUGUUGAAAAGAUAAUUAUGCACCAAAAGUUCAAUGAACAUACAUAUGACAAUGACAUUGCGCUGUUAAAGUUGAAACCUCAAUCAGGAAUGUGUGCAAAGGAGUCUAAAUUUGUACAAACAGUCUGUCUGCCUUCAAAACGCCAAAGAAUUCCUAACCACACUCAAUGUGAAAUUUCUGGUUAUGGUAUGGAAAAUGCAUUUUCUCCUUUCUUCUCUAAAUUCCUGAAAGAAGCGAGAGUGCAUAUAGUUUCACAGCGAUUAUGCAGGUCCUCUCAAUAUUAUGGAAACAAACUGACUAACAACAUGUUGUGUGCUGCUCACCCUGAAUGGAAGGCAGAUUCUUGUCAAGGAGAUUCUGGUGGACCUCUGGUAUGUGAAAAUGAUGGACAAAUGUAUCUUUAUGGAGUAAUCAGCUGGGGAGAGGGGUGUGCCCAAAAAUAUAAACCAGGAAUUUACACAAGAGUUACAAAUUAUUUACAGUGGAUUGAAGAAAAUGUGGCUGCCUGAUCAAGCAUUUUAAAUUAUUUCCAGUAAUAUUCAACCAAUCUACCUUGUACUCCUGAAAUCUCAUUGUAGAUUAAAUUGAAAGGAAAAUAAGCUGCACACUUUACAGAUGCAAAAACUUUCAAAUUUUUUUGUCUGCCUCAGACAGCUUACUUAUAUUUAUCAUUUCGUAUAGCUAUAUUUUAAAGUUAUCAAAACCUCCACAAAGAUUAAUAUAAAUCUACAUCGAUCUUGUUUCAUUAAAAUGAGUUGGUAAGAUUGGUAAUAUUGCUGUGAACUGUUUGCUUCAUAGUAACAAAAUAUGAAAUUCAUGUCCAGAACCCAGAGCUCUCAGCUGGUGUACCAGCUCUGGGAUGAAGUUGUAUGCAAAGCCAGUUUAACCAGAAUCAAGUUUUUUGAGCUUGAAGAAUUUUACAGGUUGGCUGGCCUUCCUUUAACUGUCAAGGAGAGUAGACAGCCUAAAGGUCAAAUUGCACUUUUCUGAUGCUGAAAAGUCAGAGUUGAUAGGAUACAAUUGGCAGUUUACUUGUAUCUGUUUAAGUACAUUCCAUGCACCUGAUCUUUUAUAAAACAAAUUCAGAUCUCAAUCCUGUUCUUGUUUCAUAAUGGCAAUGCAAAACAUAUUUAAAAUGUUGCCAAAAUGGGUAUCUUGAGGAUUUUUACUUUUUAUUUGCUCUUCAGUAGGUUGUGUUCAAUAGUGGUUUCCAACUUGGGCUACACAACCCCACCUAUCCCACUCCACCUUGCAGUAGAGUGCCAAAAUUAUAGAGUUCAUAAGGCUUCAAUAAUAUUGAGCUAACUUAAUAAGAAAAUUCACCAAAAAAUCCAAAAUGAAGAUACAUUUUGCAUGCUUUCUACCCCAGCUGUCAGGCUGCUAGCAGUCCUUGGGAACCCCUGAUCAAGUCAGAUUUCCUGAAAAGGCUCAUGACAUCAUCCACUAUUUAUCACAGAUGCCAAUUCAACUGAGUCAGAACAAACAGGGCUUUCAUUCUGAAAUGAUGGGAAGCACAGAUGUUGAGUACGUUUGCAUUGCACUCUGAAAUUUUUAUCUAAAUAAAUCAGUAUCCUUAAUAUGCUACUCUUAGAAACAUAAGAACAUCGAAAACCUAUAGCACAAUUCAGGCCCUUCAGCCCACAAAGUUGUGCAACACAUGUCCCUACUUUAGGAAUUACUAGGCUUACCCAUAGUCCUCUUCUUCUAAACUCCAUGUACCUAUCCAAAAGACUCUUAAAAGACCCUAUUGUAUCCCCCUCCACCACCGUUGCCGGCAGCCCAUUCCAUGCAUUCACCACUUUGUGUUUUAAAAAAAACACUUACCCCUGACAUCUCCUCUGUACCUACUCCCCAGCACCUUAGCAACCUGUGCAGCUGUUUUGAGUGUCCUAUGGACUCAGACCCCAAGAUCCCUCUGAUCCUCCACAUUGCCAAGAGUCUUACCAUUAAUACUAUAUUCUGCCAUCAUAUUUGACCUACCAACAUGAACCACUUCACACUUACUUGGGUUCAACUCCAUCUGCCACUUCUCAGCCCAGUUUUGCAUCCUAUCUAUGUCCCGCUGUAACCUCUGACAGCCCUCCAAACUAUCCACAACACCUCCAACCUUGUGUCAUCAGCAAACUUACUCACCCAUCCCUCCAUUUCCUCAUCCAGGUCACUUAAAAAAAUCACAAAGAGUAAGGGUCCCAGAACAGAUCCCUGAGGCACACCACUGGUCACCGACCUCCAUGCAGAAUAUGACCUGUCAACAACCACUCUGCCUUCUGUGGGCAAGCCAGUUCUGGAUCCACAAAGCAAUGUCCCCUUGGAUCCCAUGCCUCCUUACUUUCUUAAUAAGCCUUGCAUGGGGUACCUUAUCAAAUGCCUUGCUGAAAUCCAUAUACACUAUGUCUACUGCUCUUCCUUCAUCAAUGUGUUUAGUCACAUCCUCAAAAAAAUUCAAUCAGGCUAAUAAGGCAGGACCUGCCCUUGACAAAGCCAUGCUGACUAUUUCUAAUCAUAUUAUAACCUCUCCAAAUGUUCAUAAACUCUUGUGUAGAGUUUUUGUAAUUCUAUUUUUUCCAUGACUUUCCACUGUCACUUUAUCAAAAAUUCCUACAGUGCUGUGGAAGAUUUGUGAAUGCUUCCAAAAUUGUAUGAGGAAUCAAGUUUGUUAUAUAGAUGCAUUUUCCAAACUUGUGUCUAAAUAUGCAAAAUAAGAACAUCUGAACCUUCAAUGAAAUUUGAACUCAUCAUAUCAAAUAUUUGAGGAAAAUAUUGGAGGAACAUGAAUGAAAUUAAACAGUUUAGUAAUUUAAAAAGCUUCAAGUUUAAGGAUACAGAAAAAUGCUUCUUUAUUUCCAAGGAAAAUUUUUGGUAGAAUUCUUUUGAACAGCAUUUGGUAGUUACACACAGCACCUAUACCUCUGAAUUUUAUUUGUUUACCUCCAAUGUGGAUAUUUAAUGUUUUUUUCCAUGGGAUUCUACCUAUGGUUACCAGUUGCUGAAUUAUUAUUUGAAGCUCUGUUAUGUUCCUACCAAGCAGAUUUGGAAGUGUUUUUCUUUGAUUUGUUUAUACGUUAAGAAACAAAGAAUUUAUCUAAAACCUUGACUGUUUCAAAUGAUGUUCUGUAUUGUCUCUUUUGUUUGCUUAAAAUAAUUUUGUUAUGGAUGUAUGUACAUAAUUUUUUACUUGUAAUUGUCUUCUGUACACAAGAUUUUAUCUAGAUUUGAUUUGUUUUAGGAUCUACAAAAUAAUAAUCCAGUAUGAUUCAGUGGUGGAGUAAUUAAAUGGGAAUGAACAAGAGACUGGAACUGGAGUGGUGCAGAUAUCUCAGAUUUUAGGGCUCCUGGAAAUUGUAGUUGUAGGGAGGGGAGAGGUUAUGAAGAAAUUGGAAUGAAAAAUCAUGAUGAUUUUAAAAUCUAGGUGUUGCUUAACUGGGUGCUAAUUUGGAUUAGAGAUGACAGGAGCAAUGGGUGAAUUGGAUGGUUCAAGUUUAGACAAGGGCAGCUGGAUCUUGAAUGAUGUUCAAAGGGAGGAAGGCCAGGAAUUAAUUGGAAUGGUCAAGAGUGUACAUAGAAUAUAGAAAAUUACAGUAUAGUACAGGCCCUUCAGCCUAUGAUGUUGUGCUGACAUUUUAUCCUGCUCUAAGAUCAAUCUAACCCUUCCCUCCCAUGUAGCCCUCCAUGUUUCUAUCAUUAAUGUGGCUAUCUAAGAGUCUCUUAAAUGCCCCUAAUGUACCUGCCUCAAUUACCUCUGCUGACAGUGAAUUCCACAGACCCAGCACUCUGUCUUUUUUAAAAAAAAACUUGCCUCUUACAUUCUCCCCCCCCCCCCCCCCCAAAAACCUUCCUCCAAUCACCUUAAAAUUAUACCCCCUCAUGUGAGACAUUUUCAGCCUGGGAAGAAGUCUGACUGUCCACUCGAUCUAUGCCGCUUAUCUUGUACACCUCUAUCAAGUCACCUCUCAUCCUUUGUUCCAAAGAGAAAAGCCCUAGCUUGCUCAACCUAUCCUCAAGACAUCCUCUCCAAUCCAUAGAACCACAGCCACUCCCUAUCUACUUCCCCACCCCCCAUUCCUGCCUAACAUUGUUAGAACACGACAGCAAAGAAAACAGGCCAUUUGGCCCUUCAAGUCUGUGCUGAAACUUUAUUCCACUAGUCCCAUUGACUUGCACCCAGUCCAUAACACUCCAGACCUCUCCUAUCCAUGUAUCUAUCCAAUUUACUCUUAAAACUUGUGCGCCUGCAUUUACCACAUCAGAUGGCAGCUCAUUCCACACUCCCAACACUCUCUGACUGAAGAAGUUCCCCUUAAUGUUCCCCCUAAACCUUUCCCCUUUCACCAUAAAGCCAUGUCCUCUCAUACUUAUCUCUCCUAAUCUAGGUGGAAAGAGCCAACUUGCAUUUACUCUGUCUAUACUGCUCAUAAUUUUGUAAACCUCUAUCAAAUCUCCCCUCAUUCUUCUACACUGCAAGGAAUAAAGUCCUAACCUGUUCAAGCUUUCCCUGUAACUCAACUCCUGAAGACCUGGCAACAUUCUAGUAAAUCUUCUCUACACUUUCAAUCUUACUGAUAUCCUUCCUAUAGUUAAGUGACCAGAACUGCACACAAUACUCCAAAUUCAGCCUCACCAAUGUCUUAUACGUCACCAUAACAUCCCAACUCCUAUACUCAAUACUUUGAUUUAUGAAUGCCAGGAUGCCAUAAACCUUCUUUACAACCCUGUCUACCUGUGCUGCCACUUUCAGGGUAUUAUGUAUCUGAACUCCCAGAUCCCUCUGUUCCUCUGCACUCCUUCAUGUCCUACCAUUUACUCUAUGUCCUACCUUGAUUUGUCCUUCCAAAAUGCAACACCUCACACUUGUCUGCAUUAAAUUCCAUCUGCCAUUUUCUGGCCUAUUUUUCCAGUUAGUCCAGAUCCCUCUGCAAGCUUUGAAAGCCUUCCUCGCUGUCCACAAUGCCUCCAAUCUUAGUGUCAUCAGCAAACUUGCUGAUCCAAUUUACCACAUUAUCAUCUAGGUCAUUGAUAUAGACAACAAACAACAAUGGACCUAGCACAGAUGCCUGAGGCACACCACUAGUCACAGGCCUCCAGUCUGAGAAACAAUCAUCUAUUACCAUCCAGGCAGUAUCCUGGUAAAUCUCCUCUGCACCCACUCUAAAGCUUUCACAUCCUUCCUAUAAUGAGGCAACCAGAAUGGAACACAGUACUCCAAGUGUGGUCUAAUCAGAGUUUUAUAGAGCUGCAACAUUACCUGGCAGUUCUUGAUCUCAAUACCCUGACUAAUGAAGGCCAACACACCAGACAAGUUCUUAACAACCCUAUUGACCUGCGCGGCAACAUUGAGGGAUCUAUGGAUGAGGACCCCAAGAUCCCUCGGUUCCUCUACACUGCUAAGAAUCCUGCCAUUAACCUUGUAUUCUGCCUUCAAUUUCGAUCUUCCAAAGUGUUUCACUUCAAACUUUUCCAGGUUGAACUCCAUCUGCCACUUCUGAGCCCAGCUCUGCAUCCUAUCAAUGUCCUGUUGUAACCUACAGCAACCUUUUACACUAUCCACAACAUCACCAACCUUUGUUUCAUCAGCAAACUUAAUAACCCACCCUCCCACAUCUUCGUUUAUAAAAAUCACAAAGAGCAGGGGUUGCAGAACAGAUCCCUGCGGAACACCACUGGUCACCAACCUCCAGGCAGAAUAUGCUCUUACAACCACCCUCUGUCUUCUAUGGGUGAGCCAUUCUGCAUCCACUUUGCCAAGUUUCCCUGGCUUUCUGAAUAAGCCUUCCAGGAGGAAGCUUAUCAAAUAUCUUACUGAAAUCCAUAUACACCACAUUCACUGCUCUACCUUUAUCAAUGUGCUUUGUCACAUCCUCAAAGAAUUCAAUCAUGCUCGUGAGGCUUGACCUGCCCCUGACAAUGCAGACUGUCCCUAAUCAGCUUAUGCUUCUGGAAAUGCCUGUAAAUCCUGUCUCUAAGAAUCUUCUCCAGUAAUUUGCCCACCACUGAAGUAAGACUCACUGGCCUGUAAUUCCCAAGGUUGUCCCUCCUCCCUUUCUUGAACAAAAGAACAACAUCUACCACCCUCCAAUCAUCUGGCACUACUCCUGGCACCAGUGAGGACGCAAAGAUAACUGCCAAAAGUGCAGCAAUCUCUUCCCUCACUUCUCACAAUAACCUUGGAUAUAUCCCAUCCAGCCCUGGUGACUUGUCUAUCCUAAUGUUUUUCAAAAGUUCCAGUACAUCCUCUUUCUUCACGUUGACAUGCCCCAUCGUAUCACCCUGUUGAAUGCCAUCCUCACAAACGUCAAGGUGCCUUUCACUGGUGAAUACUGAAACAAAGUAUUCAUUAAGGACCUCCCCUACCUCUUCCGACUCCAGGCACAUGUUUCCUCUUUUAUCCCUCAUCGGUCCUACCCUCACUCUAGUCAUCCUCCUAUUCUUCACAGACAUGUAGAACGCCUUGGGGCUUUCCUUGAUCCUACUCACCAAGGCCUUCUCAUACCCUUUUCUAGCUCUCCUGUCCAUUCUUAAGCUCCCUUCUGGCUACCUUGUAACUCUCCAGGGCCCUGUCUGAUCCUUGCUUUCUAAACCUUAGGGAAUCUUCUUUCUUCCUCUUGACAAGAUGUUCUAUGUCUCUUGUAAACCAUGGUUCCUUCAGUCUACCAUCCUUACCCUGCCUCAAUGGGACAAACCUAUCCAGAAUCCCAUGCAAGUACUCCCUAAACAACCUCCACAUUUCUGUUGCACACUUCCAAGAACAUCUGUUCCCAAUUUACGCUCCCAGGUUCCUGCCUGAUAGUAUCAUAAUUCCUCAUCCCCCAAUUACUUUCCCAAAUCGUCUUCUCCUACCCCUCUGCAAGUGUUACAGACUGGGUUACUAUUGGUGAAUGUCCUUAAGAUAGAGUGUAGUGUGUGUGGCGUGGUUACGACAACAGAAGAUAAAGGACAUAAUGACGUUUUUGAAGCAGUCAGUCGGAGGAGAGAGGGAGAUAGCAGCCAGCUAGUUUCUCUAGCGAUGGAUGAGAAACAGUAACUGUGUCUGUCACUACAAUCCAUGUAUGGAUUUUUGGAGUAAUCUGGUGGAGUCCACUCUGUCGUUACCCUGUAGAGGGAAACAAGUAUGUGUGUGGACGGCCACAUCUCGGAUGCCUCUCGGGGUGGCAGAUACUUCGGAACAAAGCAGUGGAGUUCACUUUGUUGUUGACCUGUAGCAGGAAACAGGUAUUUGUGUGGACAGCCACGAUUCGAGUGCCUUUCGGGGUGAGGAAGAUGCAGUGGAGUGGUCACUGCUGAGUAAAUACUGAGGUGUCGUUUGGGUUCCAAAGUGGAACAUUUGGAUUUCGUAAUUACUCUCUAUUUUCUCUCUACAUCUACGUUUUGUCUUCAGUCAACGGUGGUUGUUGAAGAAGCCUUUGCUCACGUUUCACCUUACGGCUUGCUGAACUGAACUUUGAGAACUAUUCCUGCACUUGGACUUCGGGAAUUUGCCACACACACACUUCGAGUUUAG